CUUCGGCGGGCUGCAGCGGUGCUUCCGGUUCGAGGAUGGGCCCUGGGCCCGAUUCCGGUAGCAGUGCUCCCUCUUCUGUUCCCCACUCACUGGCGACCUCGAGGGACGACGAAGACGAGGAGGACGAGGAGAGCAGCGGAAGACGUUCCAAUGGCCACACAGGAACGCGGACGAAGAGCAACCAGCGUUGGAUGAAGCUGCGCACCACGGUCCAACUCUCGUCAGCGAUCUCAACGAUUCAAAAGAAACCGCCAUUAAAACGAGAGGACUCGUUCCUCAAGCGAUUCUCCACCAGGCAGAUACCGGAGAGCCAGGAAACGUUAGACACCGGCGAGGGCGAGGGAGACAACGCGGACGACAAGGAUUCGAGCGGACGACGCCGACGACGGCCACGUAGGCCACAGAAACCACCCAAGACCGUGGUGAACCCGGACGAGAACUUCUAUUACUAUUGGCUGAUGCUGCUGUCCGCUUGCGUGCUCUACAACCUGUGGACGCUGAUCGUGCGGCAGAGUCUGCCGGAACUGCAGGCCGUGGCACCAGUCGCGUGGCUGGCCUGCGACGGUUUCACGGAUCUCGUGUUCUUCCUGGACGUGGCAGUGCAGUUCCGUACUGGCUACCUGGAGCAGGGAUUAAUGGUGUACAACAGCAAGAAACUGGCCGGUCAUUACCUCAAGUCCAAGUCGUUCGUGUUGGACUUGCUCGCGCUGCUUCCGCUCGAUCUGCUUCAGGUGAACCUGGGUAGCAAUCCGAUGCUCAGGUUCCCGAGGUUCCUGAAGAUCUACCGCGUGUACAAUUACUACUACAUGGUCGAGUCGCGGACGGUUUACCCGAACCUGUGGCGCGUGCUGAAUCUCAUACAUAUAUUGCUGAUCCUGGCCCACUGGUUCGGCUGCUUUUACUACUUGCUCAGCGAGGCGGAAGGAUUCCAAGGGGACUGGGUCUACCCGUACAGGCCUGGGGAGUACGCCACCCUGACCAGGAAGUACCUUGGCUCGCUCUACUGGUCCACCCUCACCCUCACCACGAUCGGCGACCUACCCACGCCGGAGACCAACGCCGAGUACGUCUUCACGAUAGUCAGCUACCUAAUCGGCGUCUUCAUAUUCGCCACGAUCGUUGGCCAGGUCGGGAACGUGAUCACGAAUCGAAACGCGAAUAGGCUGGAGUUCGAGAGGUUGCUGGACGGUGCCAAGACCUACAUGAGACACCAUAAGGUGCCGGGUGAAAUGAAGAGGCGGGUGCUCAGGUGGUACGACUACAGCUGGUCCAGAGGAAGGAUACAGGGUGGUGGUGACAUCAACACCGCUCUCGGUCUGCUUCCGGACAAGCUGAAGACCGAGCUGGCGCUGCACGUGAAUCUCUCCGUGCUGAAGAAGGUUACCAUCUUCCAGGAGUGUCAGCCGGAAUUUCUGCACGAUCUAGUGCUGAAGAUGAAAGCUUACAUAUUCACUCCUGGUGACUCGAUAUGUCGUAAAGGGGAAGUGGCUAGGGAAAUGUUCAUAAUAGCCGACGGAAUUUUAGAGGUGAUCAGCGAAACGGGGCGAGUUCUAACCACCAUGAAAGCCGGAGACUUCUUUGGAGAAAUUGGAAUUCUUAAUCUGGACGGAUUAAACAAACGCACAGCCGACGUUCGUUCGGUAGGUUACUCGGAACUGUUCAGCCUCUCCCGCGAGGACGUUCUAGCGGCGAUGAAAGACUACCCGGAGGCUCAGGAGAUCCUCCAGAACCUCGGAAGGAAGCGUCUGAUGGAGGCGCAGAAGGUAGCCAGGGCGUCCCGACAGCCAACGUCACCUGGCCACGAUUCGUCGGACAACAGCACGGGCAAAAGAAUCGUGGACAAGCUAAAGAGCGACGUGAAGGGCCUGAAAAACGCGUUGAGAAAGAGCAGACGGAACACCAGGCCCGAGGAGAGCCUGGAACUGCAGCCGUUGACACCGAAGGUGCCAACGUUGAAAAGGCAACAGAAGAUCGACGACAGUCAAGACGCGGCCACGUCGAACGUUCAAGAGCCACCCGUGUCUCCUUUGGGUGCUGGUCUACCUCUGCUCACGAGAUUAAGAUUCUUGAAAGAGAAAGAAGAACGCGAGGAACGUCGGAACCUCAUGGAAACCCAGGCGCAAGCGCCUGAGCAACCGCAACCACCGUCGGAUGCUCUGAACCCGAUGAACCCGAAUUUACCGUUCCUCCAGAGGAUACUGCUGCUGAAGGCCAAGAACGAGCAAGAAGCGAAGGAAGCGGAGAAGGAAGUGCCCAAAGAGCCUCUGCUUCCGAAGAAUAGCAUACCAGAGGAGUCGCAGGAACAGUCGCCUAAACCACCUGCCAAACAGCUUCAGAAGCAACCCUCUGUCCAAAGUACCGUGGAACAGACUGUUAAAUUACCGACCACCUCGAACGCGGAGAAUACCAAUGGUUCGAUCGCGAGGAAGCCGUGGGCCAUGCUCAAAGAUGCCUCGUUAUCCAACAAGGACAACUCGCCUCAAAGGAGUCCACCGUCGAGGAGGAUACAGCUGAGACAGAGCCUGGUGCAUCUGAAGCAGCAGACCAAGAUGUACGCUUCCGUGGACGAUCUGUCGCCAGAGUAUUGCGGUCUGCCGUUUGUCAAGAAGCUGAAGAUACUUAACGAGAGGCAGAAAUUGGCGGAACUCGAGAAAGCGGUUAGGAGUUCGAGUUUGGACUGCGGGGAAAACACGGAGAUCGUGUUCGAUGGCAACUUGACGAGAAGCCACUCGGAGGCAUGCGCGAUCGAAUACGCUAGGAAAUUGGAGAAACUGAAUCAGAAUCAGAUGGCAUCGAUGUCUCCCACGGAUCAACUUUCACCGGAGAACGAGACGCUGGAAAGGCGGAACCUGAAGAGCAUCCUGAAGAAACUGUCAGCCGGCAGCAGAACCGGAAGCUCGGAGACCUCGGCGACGAGCACGCCGGAUCGCGAGGCUGCCACCGCCGAAUUGAGGAAAUUGAUGAGAGCACCGACCAUAGAAGGUUACGCGGCGCGGCACUCGAAGCUCUCGAAGAGCGUGACGUUUAACAAGUACACGCUGCAGAGCCCACCGUCCGAGCAGAUCCCGGCUAAUUAUCAGCUUGGGUCUCAGUUGUCCGACUCCCAAGAGCAGGCCUCACUGCCACCGCCCAAUAAACUCAGUUUCCGUCCUUUGGGCAGCGGAGGUAUCCUGCAAAUGGUAUCUCGGCCACGAGAAGAGGAAUACUUGGGGGAGCUAGUGUCUGGUAUCAAAGAAGUCGUUAAGGACUGUCUGGAGGACAUGCAGACGAAAUUCGAGCACCAGUUCACUUCGUUGGAGCUAGAGAUCCGCAAGCGGGACGAGAUAAUAUCUCAGCUUCAAGCAAGGAUACUAGAGCUGGAAACGAGGGAGUCUCGAAACGUGGACGAGUCGCUGGGUGACAGCACAGAGCACGAUGCUUCGUUAGAGGAGGACCUGGACGACGAUCGCGAGGAUCACCCGUUCAUGAGAGACGGUUCGGUGGACACUGUGUUGACCACGCAGUCGCACUACAAGCACUCGUCGCCAUCCACAGAGUCGAGCUCUCACAACAGAAGAUCCUGGGAGGAGCAUUCCGAGGAGGAAACGUUGGAACUGCAAGAGCUGCCCAGCUCGAUCGUGCCGCAGAGUCUGUGGAAGGACGAAGUGGCGAUUGACCUGGAGUCGAACAGCGAGAGCAGCAGGUCCGAGGACGAAUCGGACGACAGAGCUGGGAGAAGCGACAGCGAGAACGACGGUGACGACGACGAGGAAACGGAAGUGCGACGCGAAGGUCACAAUAACUGGGAAGUGGCGAUGCUGGCUCAGGAACUCGAGGCCAGGCGGAGAAGCAGCGAGGACGCGAACUCGGGCUCCUAGCGCAUUAACGAGAUCUUAGACGUACUGUGUUACCUCACGAACACCUUGCACUGCGAGGGCUGGUGUAAUAGCCCGGCUGCUGCCGCUGGCACCCUCUGCGAGAACGAUUGCCCUUACUUACAGAUAGACUUCGAUAGCAUGACCAGUUGUAGGGAGACCAUGAUGUAAAACACCUGAUCCGUUAACCUAGGUAUCGAUCGUUCCUUUUCUAUGAUCCUGGUCUUCUGUCGCGUCGAUAUUCGUGGGCCAAAAUAUGCGACCUUCGUGAGAGGAGGGUACACGCGUGUCUAAAGCCUCGGACGUCAUGAAUACACGUGUAAAUCGCGUUUUAGUCGCACUCCCUCUCUGUGCACACCUACCCAUACAUAUUACACACGUACACACGCAGAUACGCCGGUUUCGUGCUUGUACCAGAGGUUUAUUCUUGGCAAGCCUUUCACCAUCCAUAUAUUGCUUUUCUCCUCUGUUUUUCCGUUCUUGUUCGCUCCCUGAUCCGAAGAUCGUGAUCCUCUUAUCUUUCGAGAGAGUUUCCCGUUUUAUCUGGCAAUAUCGGACAGCGGUUUCAAGGUUACAACGACGCUGAAGUUUUACGCCGAUCGUUUCGGUUGAAUAAAGGGAAUUGAUAUCGUUCCGGGAGAAGUAAAGCGAAAUUCGGUCA